AUGAACGGCGAUGCUGGUCUCGUCGGGUGCCUGGUUGACAGACUUGCUACCAGGCUCCCUCACAGGACAGGAACCCACGGCCAAGAACUACAACAAGACGACAUCGUCAUCAUCACAAGGUCCACACUUGUUAAGAUUAGCACUACCGCUGCUGCCUCUGUACUGGACUCCCUCGUCGCCCUCCUCGAAGAUAUAAUUCGAAACUACAAAGGGCUUCCUCCGCCUACUCAUCCUCCUCACGUCCUCCUCUCCGAGAUAUACAUACUAGCCUUGGCUGCCGACUGCUGUACAGCCCACUGGGAUCAUGUCAAGUCGCAGCAACGUCAGCCUGCCGUUGAUUCGGGGACGCGUCGCAACUCUCCUACACAAGCUCCUGAGCCCUUGGACGAAGCUCUCGUUACCCGCAUCUUUGAGUUGCUCAAGUGGCUCGUGGAACCUAUACCUGAAGGAUUCGCCCUCCCAUCAUCCACUAUUUUAGACGAUGAAACGAGACAAACCGCCAACCCAGUAUUCAGCCCUCCAAGCGGCAUCGCUUCGCCGCUGCUUGUUGGAACCUAUAGCUCUGAAGACGAAACUCUAUCCACUUCUCAUCUGGCGAUCAUGGAGCCUUGCAUCAGAGUCAUUGUCGAAUACGUUACCGCAUCCACUUGGUCAAGCUCUUUUGACUACUUCAGAAACGUGGUGUACACGGUUCGUACUGCCGCCGUUGUGCAAGCGGCACCGGGGCAAUCUGCUACUGCCCCAGAUGACGACAAGGCGGCUCUGUCCGUUCUCAAGAUUCUGUCCUUCUUUUGGGUGGAUGCACAGAAGCUGGGACUCAUCAUCCAGGAGAUUUGCUCCAGCUUCCUCCAUUUUCGGAAGACGUUCCAGAACACUGUCGCUGUGGUGGCACCCCUUCUCAUCACGCGCUGGUUAGAACGGUAUCCCCAUGAGUUUGUUCAGCAACAUACGCUACAUAAACGUCUCGACGGCGGCGCUGACACACUUUUCGACAUGACACAGACUGUUGUAGAAAAUGGACGGAAAAAAGGAAUGCUUUAUCCGCUCCAGACCACCCUACUGUUUCUUCUGCCAGACGUUUUUGAAGUGGCUAGCAACUUGCGAGAUGCGAAGAGCGGGAGCAUGGCCAAGAAGGUCGGGUUUCUGGACGGCUUGCGGAAAGCAUUGAGGAACAAAAACGAACAGGCGGCAUACUCUCUCGUCUCUUUGCUCAGAGCUGCUCGACACUUCGUUGCUGAGGACGACGCUGCGCUCGUUAGCUACGCCAUGGAUGUACAAGACGAGGUCAGAGAGGCAGUUUUUCGUCGUGGUAGCAACGAUGCCUCUCUUCUUGACCAGGACCUAAUGACAGCGGCAUUUGUUAGUUUAGCACAACUGAGUCCGGACAGUUGUGUUGAUUCUCUCCAAUCAUAUCUAAGCCCUUCUUCGCCACAACCCUUCAAGACCGCCGUAGUGCAGGGCUGCCGAUACUUUGCGCGCCAAGCCGACUCGUAUAGGUACGAGCAGAUAUUCGCGGUGGCGGGGCCGUAUAUGCGAGCUCAGCUGAAGGCCGUAGCGGACUUACCGACAGAAACCACUGCCACUGUACUCGCCAUGCCCCGGCGUGAUUCAAACCUUCACUCCUCCACGAACAUGGCGUGCGACGUGCUCAAGUUUCUUGAUGCGUCCCCACACUCGCUUUUCAACGCAGAUGGAUCCGGCGAGCCAGGUGCGGGUGCUGCAGAGGAAGAUGCCUUCUUGUCCUUCCUAUCCUCUCUUGUUCUUCUCAAUAUGUGUAACCAAGUCACAUCUGACGGUGAUGGGCCUGAGGUUAAGGCGAUUCACGAAUUUCUUGAAGCACGCAAAUUUCUACUCGCUUCUCUCAGUGAACUUGCGGAGUUGCCCGAUGACGUGCCUGAAGUAGAAGCCGCGUCUUCUAGACUCGAGACGACCUUGCUUGUAUCUCUGUGUUCCGCAGACGUUGACACCUGCCAAACUGUGACUUCAUGCAUCGGCAUUUUCUACGAAGAGAACAAUCUUGCUGGCGUCUCUUCGGACGCUGCGAAGAUGUUUGCCACAUUACUCCGAAAUGGCGAGGUGUAUGGGGAGAUCGCGUCACGAGCCUUCCGCUUCACUGGACUGGUUGCCUUUCAGAAGAGAGUUCGCGGACUGCUCCGACGACUGCAAUACCCAACCAGCGGUAUCCUUUCAGCAUGGGAGUAUGGCUUCGAAAGGUGGCUUCUUCUCUCCAGGGAGGUGUCCAUGGCCGCGCUUGAUGCGGUUGACGAACGGACUUUGACGGAAUGGCGCAAUUACUCCGGCUUCUUGGCAUCGCUCGGGGGAAUUUGUACUGCAAACCAAGCAAUCAUCAUGGAAGAGCCAGCCAUCAGUGGUCUAAGGUGGAUCGAUAGGCUGCCAUCCGAAAACCACGAGGAACCUCUGCUUGGUCGAUAUCUCAAGUUGAGCAUUCAACUACUCGGCUGUGCGAGCGUCAGGAUUAGGGAGGCUACAAGGGAAGUCUUGUCCAGCGAAGUCUCGUCCACACUCUAUCAGUCUCUGUUCAGAGCACUAGAAUCUGAACUCGAGGUCCUGUUCACCGGCGCACUGGCUCCGAGCGACAAAGCCCAAGAUGUUGAGAUCAUCUUCGCUGAGCAGGCCAUAUCGCUUUUGAAAGCUUUGGUGGAGCGUCUUGAGAGCCCUUCAGACCUUGGUGCAGCCUCCUCCAUUCACCUAGGAGCGCUCGCUCUCAACUUUGCCAAAUUCUUAGACGGCGUCAAUGACAGUACCAACACCUUGCGCGUCAAGAUCAAGGUGUGCCAGUUGUGCGAGGCUGUCACUAAGAGGAAGGAGCAUUUAAAUCUGAGAGACGACGUGCGCAUCCGGAACCAGCUUCUUGAGUACAUUUUUGGCUGGAUUGCUCGGCCCCGCUCCCCGCGACUUGACUCAACAGCUAGCACAGGCGGCCGCCUAGAUGAGAUGGUGAGGGUGCAGAAAGACCUUGAUAGAGCUUCUCUCAGGUCACUAGCUGAGCUUACCUUUCGUCUUCCACUUCAACCUGGGGAGGGUCAAACCGACGCCGGCAUGAGUGAGCUCAAGUCACAAAUGUUUCACACCUACUUCAAUCGGUUCCUAUCAUUGCUCAACCACGAAUCUCCCGAGAGUGGGAGGAGCGACCAUCCGGCUGGAAUUGCAAGCCGAGACGAGGGCACCCCGACUUCAGAACUUGCCAUCACCAUUCUCUCGAACCUGCUGAGUGCGAAUAUCGAUGUUGGUCUGAAACACUCUCUAAAUAUUGGUUAUCACGACAACGUCGAAAUCCGGACGGCUUUUGUUAAGGUCUUGUACAACAUACUCAUACAAGGGACGGAGUUCAGUAACCUGACUGACGCUGCUGUGAGCGAGAAGUACGAUGAGUUGCUAGAGUUAUUAACCAAGGACAUGACGCUUGUUGCCGCUAUGAGUGCCGUGUGUCCAAGCAGUGAAGUCGACGAAUUAACUGUAUCUUUGCUCACCAUUUUCGAGCAUCGGGGCCUUAGCUUUGAGUUGUUGGAGGUUCUCAUCAAGCAGGAAAUCGAGGAAACAGAUAACGAAUCCGAGAUCCUUAGGCGAACCUGUGUCGCCACGAAGAUGCUGUCCGUCUACGCGAAGUGGAAGGGACAGCCAUAUCUCAAGGCAACGCUGCAAAAGGUCGUAGAGAGAUUGAUGCUUACAUCAAAGGAUCUAGAUCUCGAGCUGGAUCCUGCCAGGGUCAGCUCCACAGAUGAGUUGCAGAAGAACGCCCUCCAGCUACGGAUUGUGGCUAAAGUAUUCAUCGAUGAUAUCUGCGCAUCCUCGACGAGCAUGCCAGCGUCGUUCCGCAAAAUUUGUAACAUCAUAUCCACUGCUGUGCUGCCGAGGUUUCAAGAGGCCAAGUACACCGCCGUUGGGGCUUUUGUCUUCCUUCGCUUCUUUUGCCCAGCAAUUGUUGCCCCUGAGGUUGAGGGCCUAGUGACAACGACGCCCUCUAAGGAGAUGCGCCGAGGCCUGCUCCUGAUUGCCAAGGUCAUUCAAAAUCUGGCGAACAACGUCCUUUUUGGGGCGAAAGAGCCUUACAUGUUUCCUCUGAAUGACUUUCUCACACAAAACAUCUAUCGAGUUACUACCUUCCUUCGCGAGAUAUCUGUGGCUCCAGAGACGAUCGACAGUCCGCCAAGCAUCGAGUCGUUUGAUUUCGGUUCCUGUGUUGCCCUCCAUAGAUUCCUCUACGAUCACUGGGACCAUAUGCGGCAGAGGCUCGUCACCCAGGAACGCAAAGAUUAUGUGCGAUCGCCAGCCGAGGUAUCUAGAGGAAGGUCGCCGGUUCUUGAGCCUUUGCGCCACCUCAUCACGAACCUUGGACCCCCACCACUCGCUGUCACUUGGAACAGGCCUCAAAUUUCUACGAAUACUCCACCAUCAUACUCCCGCUUCCAGAACUUCAUGCUUCGGAACGCAUUCCGAAGUACUGAAUCUUUUGUGACUGCUAGAGCCGUCUACGAUGGAGGCGAGAGCAAGGAUUCCCUCUCCAUUAUUUGCAUCAUACUGCGACACAUUGAUGCAGAGAGCAUUGACUAUGACACGCUGUUGUACUGCUAUCUCAAGAUUGCAAGCCGCCUCUGGCACAAGCCUUUCGGGUUGCUCAUCGAUGCCACAUGCUACAACGGCCAGAACGAACCACAAGAUGAGCUCUUCAAGAAGCUUGAGCUUCUCACACCUGUCGAGCUGUCGAGAAAUCUCGUUAGGAUAUAUGUUUACAACAUGAACAGCGCAUUCAGGAAAUGCUUCCGAAGGCUCCUUCGGGUGUCCGCCAAGAGCGACACCAGCGUUUUUAAUCCGAAGAAUGUCGAUUACCACCUGAUCGGUAGUCUGCAGGACCUCCAGGCUCAUUUUCACUUGAGUCAACUUCACCUCCCCAAAGAAACAAUCAGCGUCGUCACCGACACACGUUAUGUGUUUCAACCAAUUACCCGACUUUCCAAGACUAAGGGUAAGAUUGAAGUUGUCAUCAAAGUUGGCAGCCAGUUCGUACAGGUGACAACCACAAAAAAACAGGAGGUCUUUCCUGGCUAUAGGUUGAGCACGACCGUCAAUGAUAUAUUUCGUCUCGGUGAGGUGGAAGAGGCGCCGACUUCAAUCCAGACAGAAGAUGACUCUGCGUUUGGCCUACGCGCUGAUAACGGAAAGAUCGUCAUGUACUUUACCAGCCCCAAGAAGGCGGACGUAUUGCAGACGAUUCGCGGCGCAAAGGCCAAGUAUGGCAAGGAUACGAGAGCUCACAAGGCCUAUGAACGGCUUAUCCGCCCGCAGGACGUUCCCGGGACUCUACUUAACCUGGCACUUACCAACCUGUCAAGUUCCGAUCACGUGCUCAGGCUCUCUUCUUACAACCUACUCGGGGCCCUGUGCAAGGCAUUCAAGUUCAGCGCUGCAUCAAAUUUGAUGUGUACAAAGGACGUUUCCGUACCAAUGGAUCCUUCACAUUUCAUCAUCAAAAUCAGCAGGCAACUGGCGAUGUCUGAGCCUCAGCUGACGUUCGAUUUCUUGACUGAGUUCUUCGUCGGCUGGGAGACAUUUGCUGAGGAGCAGAAGCCUCUCAGUCUUGCCUAUAUGUCACCAUGGCUUCCAGGCCUUCGCACAGCCGUGCUUGCCAAUGAAGCUGACGCGGAGAAAGGCAAAGAGAAGGUCGCGGUUCUUUUCCGAAAGCUGAUAGACGUGGCCAUGACCGAUCAUUCAUUGACCUAUACGCUGGAGCAAGUCGUAUGGCCCGCCAUUUACCAAGACGAGACGGUCCUGGAUAUUUUUCUUGAAGAACUCAUGCGGUCAGCUUUGAGUUUCAGCUACUCCGAGGAGCCCAUGGAGGCUCUUUCUUCUAUAGUGUCGGGCAUGGGCAGCAUCACACUACGUGGGAAGGUCAUUUCCCGGUUGCGAAAAGCACUGAACCGAUCUUCCCUCCGACCGACUAGGUACUUGCCUGACAACGCCGUCUGGGCAGAGAUUUGUGUGCUUCUACACUUCUGCCUGUCCUUGUCGUUUGAUAAUGGUGUGCAAUCUCAGCUUUAUCUACCGGAGAUCUUUCACAUUGUCACCAUACUGGCAAACACUGGCUCUCCAGAAGUGCGUCUCUUGGUUCACAGACUUCUUGUCAACACAGUUCAUGCGGCGUGUACGUCGUUCAAUCUGGACGACACCCGUUUCAACAAGCUCAGGGGAAGCUUGGAUUUCCUAAGCGAACCAAGAAGCGAAAUAUUCGCAGCACCACCUCCGUUCCUGCGUGAUGGUGCUUCCAUGUCGACUACUCAAGACUCAGGCCCGUCGCUGGCUGCGACUGAGAACCUGGCUGCGUUGCUCUUCGAGGUCUGCUCUGUGGCUGCCCCAUCAGUGGACAUAUCCAAUGCCUGGAGGUCGCGCUGGAUGAGCCUCGUGGCCAGCACGGCCUUUCAGAACAACCCAGCAAUACAACCCCGCGCGUUCGCUGUCAUGGGCUGUCUGGCACGUGAGGAGGUGGACGACGACCUACUCUACCAAGUUCUCGUCGCACUGCGCAACAGCGUAGGUCGUCUAGGAGAUGACACCAACAGUGACAUGCUCAUUUCCAUCGUCACCUCUUUAUCCAAGAUGAUGGCAAAGUUGCCUUCUGCCUCGCGUUACGGAUUACAACUCUUCUGGCUUGCCAUUUCACUCUUACGGUUGGUUCCUCCAGCUCUUUUCAACUGCACGGCCCAGUUUCUUGAGGCUGUUAUGACCAACAUUAGCACAGUCGGGGACUUGCGAGGAGACAAGAUGGGGUCGCUUCUUCUCCAAGGUCGUGUGCAGUUAGAGGACGCUGCUCUAUCUCUGGACGAAGCUUACGGCAUUCACUUCACGCACGAAAAUUUUCAUUUUGCCGUGUGCGCCUGUCUGGCACGCGGCCUCGCCGACACUACUACCAAAACCAACGCGAUGCGAGUGCUGUCCGCAUUCCUCGAUAUGGCCGGCAACUCCACAGAUGAGGCAGGAAGACCAUCGGACAUCAUUUCACGUUCGCCCUACAUGGCGCUUAUCCUAGCGCGAACUGUUGGAAGUGAAGAGCUGAAAGACAGCCUGUGGCUGGCGGGUAUCAAUCCUUCCGUGCUGGGUGAUGUAACGAACACACGCAGAUACGACGAUUUGAGUGGCAUGAAGGACAAAGAUCUGCUGUUGAACACCGCGAUUGAGUUGAUCGAUUUUCAGUACCUAGAAGACGCACUGCAGAACCGGACUCUCCGUUGGCUGACUGAGCUUGCGUCAGCAAGGCCGGCCGUCAUCAUGCAUCUCUGCGGGCCUAUCGUCCCCAUUCUUGACGAGGUUUUGCUGCAUUGUCAGAACUCUGCAACACUAGAGUCAGCUCAGGCACUCCUCCACGCUUUGACUUCAAAUCCAAAAUUCAGCUCCGCGCUAGAAUCAACUGCUGUUCUUAACGAGAUCCUUGAGGAUAUGGGUUUUAGUGGACUGUGGCGAUCUUGUUCUUUCAACUUCAGCCAGGAUCAAGAUCGCAAAUGCUUCAUUCUAACUGAGAAGCUAAUAGAGCUUAUUAUUGUUUAA